ACAGGUUUAUUAUUUGAUUUUUUUCAUAUUAAAUAUCAAUGACAUUAAGUUUGUGAUAAUGUGGAACUAAAUUGGUAUAAAAUAUGUCAACUCCAAUAUGGCAAAUGCUUGCUCAUGACAGAAACCAUAUGCUAACACAGGAUGGAACAGAGAAAUGGAAGUUCUUUCACUGGAUUUAUCCUGCUGGGUUUCUCUGACAGGCCUCAACUGGAGCAGGUCCUCUUUGUGGUUCUUUUGACCUUCUACAUCUUCACUUUGUUGGGAAACACAACCAUCAUUGCAUUGUCCCAUGUGGACCCACAUCUUCACACCCCUAUGUACUUUUUCCUCUCUAACCUAAGCUUUCUGGACCUGUGCUAUACUACCAGCAUUGUUCCUCAGCUCCUGGUUAAUCUCAGUGGAUCUGACAAAUCCAUCUCCUUUGGUGGUUGUGUAAUUCAGCUGUGCCUUGCUCUAGGAUUGGGAGGUGCAGAAUGUAUUCUCCUAGGAGUUAUGGCACUUGACCGCUAUGCAGCUGUUUGCAAGCCCCUUCACUACACAGUAAUCAUGCACCCCUAUCUCUGUGCCCUGAUGGCUUGUGCUUCAUGGAUCACUGGUUUUGCCAACUCCGUAUUGCAGACAGUGCUCAUCUUCCUUUUACCACUUUGUGGGAGAAAUGAAUUAGACCACUUCUUUUGUGAGGUCCCUCCUUUGCUCAAGCUUGCCUGUGUUGACACCACUGUGAAUGAGUCUGAGAUCUUCUUUGUCAGUGUCAUCAUUCUUCUUGUACCUGUUGCAUUAAUCACGUUCUCCUACAGUCAGAUUGUGAGGGCCGUCUUAAGAAUAAAGUCUUCUGCAGGGAAGAGAAAAGCAUUUGGGACCUGUGGAUCCCACCUGACAGUGGUCUCCUUGUUCUAUGGCUCAGCCCUCUAUGCAUAUCUUCAUCCCAGCAGCAAUGACUCCCAGGAUCAGGGCAAGUUCAUCUCUCUCUUCUACACCAUCAUUACCCCCAUGAUCAAUCCCCUGAUAUAUACACUGCGCAACAAGGAAGUGAAGGGAGCAAUGAGGAGGUUACUUACCUCAAAGUGA